GGUCUUCUGUACCGCGGCGCCGGCCUGACGAAAUCUUGGAGCUGUCCGCGUGCCGCGGUGACUGAGACUCCGCACCCGGAUCCCGAGCUCGGCGACCCAGCAAGGGGGCGGUGAGAGAGAGCGCGUGAUUUGGCAGGUGACUGAUCCACAUAUCAAAAGAAUAUGGCUGCACAAAUAUCAGAAACUGAUCAGAUUAAACAGUUUAAAGAAUUUCUUGGAACUUACAAUAAACUCACAGAAACCUGUUUUCUGGAUUGUGUUAAAGACUUCACAACAAGAGAGGUCAAACCAGAAGAGUCUACCUGCUCCGAACACUGCCUACAAAAAUAUUUAAAAAUGACACAAAGAAUAUCCUUGAGAUUUCAAGAGUAUCAUAUUCAACAGAAUGAAGCUCUGGCUGCCAAAGCAGGACUCCUUGGCCAACCACGAUAGACAAGUGUUUGUGGAUGGACCUUUCCGUAAAGCAGUGCCAGCAGUUGUUGCAUUGGAAGUGGGAGUUCUUUUGACCUUAAACUGUUGUGGAUAUUUUCACCAUGUCAGUGAUUGUGAGCAUUUGGCAAGAGGAAACCAUUGGAGAAACUAAUGUUCUUCUUACCAGGAAUAAGCAAAGUACAAGAUCUUGUCUUAUUGUGCAAUGAAAAUAUUAAGAUGCAACCUUUGUUGGGGCCUUAAAAUUCAACAGCUUGGCCACUUGAUUAGCAAAAUAAACCAUUGUUUCUUCA